CAGGUCCCCCACGACCCAUAAAUCUGACACCUCCCCCCCGUCCUCCACCUUUAUCAUCAAACAAUCGCGCCUCCAAGCCACAAUGGAGAUCCCGCCCCACCUGCAAGAAAGAACUAAUGAUCUACAAGCGCUACAGACGCUCGAGGGCCAUACUAACUUUGUCCAUUCAGUAGCCUUCUCAGCCGACGGCAAGCAGGUGGUGUCUGGAUCAGGGGAUGAGACGGUGCGGCUCUGGGAUGCGGCUAUAAGAGCAGCGCUGCAAACGCUCGAGGGCCAUACUGACUUUGUCCAUUCAAUAGCCUUCUCACCCGACGGCAAGCAGGUCGUGUCUGGAUCAGACGAUAAAACGGUGUGGCUCUGGGACGCGGCCACGGGAGCAGCGCUACAGGCGCUCGAGGGCCACACUAGCUGGGUUAGUUCAGUAGCCUUCUCACCAGACGGCAAGCAGGCAGUGUCUGGAUCAGGGGAUGAGACGGUGCGGCUCUGGGACGUGGCCACGGGAGCAGUACUGCAGACGCUCGAGGGCCAUACUGACUUGGUCAACUCAGUGGCCUUCUCACCCAACGGCAAGCAGGUGGUGUCUGGAUUAGGGCAUAUAUCUGAAUCAUAUGAUCUGACGGUGCGGCUCUGGGACGCGGCCACGGGAGCAGCGCUAUAGAUGCUCGAGGGCCUCACUGGCUCGUAAUAAAUUAUUGGGUAGUGGAAGACGAUACGAAUAUUAUUUGGCUACCUCCCGAUUAUUAGGAAACUUAUUUAGCUAUUUGGAAUAGAACUCUUGUUUUAGGGCAUUUAUCUGGGAG